CGCACGAUUAGACAUCAAUUCCGAUUCCUGCAAAACAAAUAUGAUGAAUGUUUGUGAGUGUGUGUGUAAGUGUGUUGGAGGGUCCCUGAAAUGUUCAUCAUUUUGUUCAACACGUGCAGCAUCUUCUACACUUCAGCCAGUACACACACACAUCAGUUUUUCUGAGAAGCUGAAAAGUGUCAUUAACGGAUUUCAACCAUUCGGCGCCCGGCAACAACGUGUCCAGAAGAGGAAAGCAGAAGCUGAUGAUGAUCCAAAAUCACCUGCUUCUGCUGCCACAAGCUCAGAUGAUAAACCGAUUGCAAAGAAAUUUAAACAUGAAGCAGAACAGGAGGAAGAGCUGCAGAAGCUGAAGCCACAUCCGGAAGAGCGCUACAUCAAAAAUGCUGCUGUUCUUCCUGAAUUCCGUCCACGGCCCGCCGCCUUUGCUUCUUCUGCUCCGUUAAGGAAGUCCAAUGCUGCAUCGCUGAGGGAAACUCCCCUGAAGAUUCACAAUCUAAGCAUUCCAGAGCACCAAAGACUCUAUCACUCGGUGGUGGAUAUGAUGCUUGUGAAGCUAAACGGAGAGCCACAUGUCUAUUCCAUGCAGCUGGGCCUCAGGAUCAAGCAGCGCCUGUGGAGGGCACUAAAAUGUCCUUCCAUUAUUGAGAGCAGGCAGUUAUAUAAGAACGAGCAGACAUAUUAUAGUGAGAUAUUCAGCAUACCAUCAAAGACAAGUUUUGCUCCCUGCUACAUCGUGGACGUAAGUGAAGAGCCCAUGCCUGAACAGCCGGAGAGGAAGAGUGAGAAGACUUGAAAAAGGAAACAUUUAAAAACAGCUUAUAUGCUGGUGGACCUGGAGUCAAGUCUAGGAAUGUUGGGUAAUGUCGGGGACCCAAUCUGGAUUAGAAUCUGGAUUUGAUUAAAAGAUUAACCAGUGCAGGACACCAUGCACACACACACACACACACACACACACACAGUAAGUGCACUGCCCUGUAAUGGACCAGAAACAUUUACAAUUAAAAACAACAAAUAAAUCUGAAUGAGUAUCGGUUCACUUCCUGUUUUUUUUUAUAAUUAACACUUCCUGGAUGCACAAACCUUUCCUCAAGUCUGAAGAAUUGUGUGUUGCUACAGCAUUUCACUGAAACUGCAAUUGAUAAUAUAUCUCGUUUAAUUUGCACAUGACUGUUUCCUGUAUUAAAAAAAAAAAAAGUAAAACAUUCAA